GCCGCGGGCUCGCCGAGCCUGCUGCCCGGUAUAAAAGCAGCGAUGCCGGGCUGGGAAGGACCAGCGGCUUCGGAGCCUCUGGUGUGCGGAACGUUACCGGCUCGCAGACGCACCGCACUCGUCCGAGGCAUCGAGCAGAAUCCUGAUGGAGACGAUGAAUGAGUUGAUCCCUUUUGCCCGGGAGAUGCUGGGCCAACGGCCCAACAGGAAGAUGCUGAAGAUCUAUGCGAUUGGCACGGUGCUGGCGUUCUUCGGGGUGGUGGUGGGGCUGGUGGAGACAGUGUGCUCCCCAUUCGCAUCCGGCGAGGCAGAGGAGCGGAUGCAGGAAGCCCGACCGCCCCAAGCCCAGCGCAAGGAUCUGCAGAAACUGAACGACAAGGAGAAACUGAGCCCAAAGCGGUAUCGCAAGCCUGCGUUAUGACCCUCCUGGUGAGGCAGGAGAGAGCUGGGCUGCAGAGCAGCCUCCAUAGACUUGGAUAAUGAUCUGCCAGCUACUCCUUGUAGGAGCUAUGGUUGGUCUUCAGUUUGCUACUGUGCAGCAGAGUUGUAUUGUUGUACUGUUCUGGUACCCUGUAAACAAUUUUUUAUACUGUGCAUUUUUUGCAUUCAAUAAACUGGCAUUUUUAAUGAGAUAUAAA